AUGGGGAAUUCUCAAGGAAAGCCGGUUGUCUUAACUGACGAAGUCAACCUUAAUCAUUUUCGUCUAUUGAGAGUGGUCGGAAAGGGCGCUUUUGGCAAGGUUCGCAUUGUUGAGCGCAAAGACUCGGGCUUGACCUUUGCUCUUAAAUAUAUCCGCAAGGAUGAAGGCAUUGGUGCGGUCCGAAAGCGUUCUUUCCAAGAUGUCGAAUAUCUCUAUCUUGUCGUCGACUUGAUGAAUGGGGGUGACCUUCGCUUUCACAUUCAACGAAAAGCCUUUACCGAGGAAGCUGUUCGCUUCUGGAUGUCCGAAUUAGCCUGUGCCCUUCGAUAUAUCCACAGUCAAGGUAUUGUCCAUCGAGAUCUCAAACCCGACAAUGUCCUAUUAGAUUCCGCCGGUCACGUCCAUCUAGCAGAUUUCAACGUCGCUUCCGAUUUCAAACCUGGCAAACCUCUGACCAGCAAGUCUGGUACUUUGGCAUACCUAGCACCCGAAGUUUUCAGAGGAUCAGGUUAUUACAAUGAGGUGGAUUGGUGGUCUCUUGGUGUGACCAUGUAUGAGUGCAUUUAUGGAAAGCGACCUUUUGAUGGAAAGUCUCAUGAGGAAUUGGCCGACAACAUUUGCGCGGCAAAUCCUCCCUAUUUUGUUACCAAGCCUCCUGUGUCGAUGCCCUGUCUCCACGCCAUGACCGCUUUGAUUGAAAAGGACCGACGAAAACGAAUCGGUGCGGCAGGCUUCGACACUUUCACCUCUCACCCUUUCUUCCAGUCCAUCAGCUUCGAUGCGCUGGAACGAAAACAAGUCCCGCCCAUCUUUAUCCCCUCGAGCGAAAAGACGAAUUUUGAUGCCACGUACGAUCUGGAGGAAUUACUUUUGGAGGAAGCGCCUUUAGAAGCCCGCGCGAGGAAGCAAAAGCCGAGAGCUGAAUUACGCAACGACGCCACCAGCAAAGAAAUUCGAGAAGACGAACUGCACCGAAUGAUCGAGACGAUGUUUGAGCCCUUUGAUUAUACUCUGGCGAAUUACGAUGUGAAUGCUGCGUCAGCAGUUGCUGGCACAGUCCCAGACGAACAUGUUCAAUUAGAUACGACGCAAACCGAAUCCCAUUCUGUUCCUACGUCGCCGGACGGUUCACCGCCACUCUCACCGAACGUCGUGUCCACACCUCGAACGGAGGAGAAAUUCCCCCAACUUGAGGACCUACAAGGCGCGAUACCUCAGGCACCUCCUCCAAAUCGGCCAGCUUCAUCUUCCAAAUCUUUCAGUCGUCCCAUUCCUCCACAGAGACCGAUGCCCGCAACGCGACAACUUAGCAAGGGUGGUGGUGUUCAGAUGGUGUUGGACGAAUCAGGAAGCUGGUCACACCUGGCGGAUCAAACAGCUUACCCUCCAGAAACGUCAGUUGAUGCGGGAGGAAAGAAUGAGAAAGCUGGUGGUAGCAUGCUAGGAUUUUUGAGCAGGAAGAAGGGCAGAGAUCGUAGCCCGAAACCGAAAGAGGCUGGCGUGUUGGGGAAGAUUGGAGCAAGACACAUCAUCAGCUGA